AUGCCUUACCUCGUCCACACGGCUCACGCGCAGCUCGUGGCUCUGUGGCUCGGGACGGUGGGCUGGACGCUCGUGAUCGUGACCGUCGGGCUGGUGGAGUGGAGGGUUUGGGAAGUGUCCGAUCUGUCGUUCAUCACCUCCGGACUGGCAUGGGUUGGUAUUUGGAGAGUGUGUUUUUAUAGCCACGCUCUGAUUUUAUCUGACAAUCAGAUCAUGUUCUGUCAGCGGAUCCGUUUGUCGGAGUCGUUCACGCCACCGGAAAUCGCGGCGGCGCAGGUGCUGAUGCUCGUGGCUCUGUUUCUGGGCCUCGCAGGAAACGCCAGCGUCAUUUACGGCCUCAGGAACGUUUACUUCGGAUUAAACAAGAUCAGAUCAGCAUUUGCUUCUGGUGGGGUUUUGCUCAUUCUUACCGGAGCUUCUUCGCUCGUUCCUGUGUGCUGGAAUCUCCGUUCUGUUGUGAACAAUCAGACUAUAUCGUUCCCGGCGGAGUUUCGCAUGCCAUCCGCUCCGACUAUAUCGUUCCCGGCGGAGUUUCGCAUGCCAUCCGCUCCGGUGAACCAGUCCAUCGGACCCGGCAUCAUCGUGGGGAUUUUUGCAUCAGUCCUGCUGGUCUUUAGCGGGCUGGUCUUUCUGUCCUACAGGGCCCCGGUCAUGUUGGAGCCCAAAGUGAGGCUGUCCUGGCCCGGAGAAGGUCCCUCGGGGACCCAUGUGAACCAUCAGGGAAUUGACAAUCCAGCUUUCCAAAGUUGA